AUGUCUAGAGGUAAGAACAAGAAGAAUCGCCAGGCUGCCGGCGCGAGGCAGGGUUCCCUUCCCCAGAGCCAAGGUCAAGGCAACCACGCAGUUGCGAGCAACGUGAUGGGCAACGGACCCAACCUAUCUCUCCUCAGCGAAAAUCAUGGGCACAAUCAGGGCCCAGAGAGUGACCAACUCCCGGCCAUCCCCUCUACCCCUCAAAGCAACAACCCUACCUCUAACCAGCACCUGCCUGCCCCUGGUCAUAAUGGCCACUCCAUCCCUAUCAUCAGUAAUACCCCCUCUGUCCCCUCCAUGCACCACCAGCCUCUGCACCAUGCCCACAAUCCUAAUCACCAGAACAUGUACCACAAUAUCCAUCCUUUCAUGCCUCCCAAUUUCAAUGGUCCGUUUCCGGGUCACAACGUCGACUUCGGCGAGCACUUCAUUCCAAGCAACGCAUUCGACGGAAACCUUCAUUCGGAACAAGAACCGUUUCUUCAGCAGGGUGAGCUGUCAUUCGCCAAUUUGCCUUUAGACCCCAACUUCGCUUCAUCGCCUGCUGGAGCAAACCAACCUCAAGAGAUGAUGAACCACCCUGUUACUUUUCAUCAGGCCCAGACCUACCCCUUGGGCGGCCAUCCGAUGGGAUCCAGCCAGCUAGCUUUGAGCCAGGACGCUCCAAACCAGCAAGCUUUGAACCAGCAAGUGGACUUACCUGUUGAUGACCCCCCUACGCCCCAUCCCCAGGCAAAGCAUCCGGCCGUCCUAACCCUCGGAACCAUCACGGUCAACAUGGCGGAAGACGAUGUCAGACACAUCAUCAGGGAGGCAGCAGACGUGCUGUACGCCGGACACGGGCAGUGCCAGCGAUAUUUACCCAACGAAAAUGGUGCCGAAGCGGGAAACCUUGAGUAG